AAGAAGAAACUCACACCCUCACAUCACGUCUACCACGGAAUCGGACAAUCAUGCUUCCCUGCGCCCGUCGGCUGCCUCCCUCGUAGGCCUACACAAUUCUCGUCUUUUGGGGGCGACUAUGGCACUGACAGACCACGAAACCUCCGGGAAAUGGAUAGGAUGGCUCAUUGAAGAUGGUUCAGACGCAGUCAUACCAACAUCGGCAGGACUCCCAGCAAGGGCACACUAAUCUCUGGCAGUGCAUUUACAGUAUUUGGCGAAGAGGCAAAAUGAGGAUGGCUCUGUCAAGACGAAGAUGCUCAUGUGUGUGGGGCUGGUUGCUGAGCCUUUUGGCCUUUUUGUAUUUUUCUGGCCUGUACCAGUACCUUCUUGCAUGGUCAUAUUCCAAGCACUACACACACUGGGGCCCACUGCUCUCCCUUGAUCCCAUCAUGGAGAAAAUGAGAGCAGGAGAAGAGGUGGCACAGAAACCGGUCAAUGAGUUCACCCACACAUAUAUCCAUUCCAAUACAGAAAAGUGCGAAACUCAGGAUUCCAUUAGGCUGAUGUACGUUGUAAAGUCAGCAGUCCAAAACUUUGACAAGAGGAAAGGAAUUCGAAACUCGUGGGGAUUUGAAGGCAGGUUCUCUGACGUGGAAAUUAGAACUGUUUUUCUAUUGGGAACACGACCAAGUGAGCCCCAGCUGCAGGAGAGAGUUGAUAAAGAAGCAGAGGAAUACAAGGACAUCAUACAAGCUGAUUUUAUUGACUCUUAUUAUAACAACACUCUAAAAGCAAUGAUGGGUAUACACUGGACAUACCAGCAUUGCCAGUACGUGAAGUAUUUUUUGUUUGUUGAUGAUGACUACUAUGUUUCAACAAGAAACAUGCUUCGUUUUCUCCGGGAUCCAGCAAACUACCCACAGUAUUUGGAGAAAUAUGUGGUAUCUGCAGUAAAUGAGUAUAAAGAUUUCUUGUAUGCAGGUUAUGUUUUCAACAAUUCUCUUCCCAUAAGGUGGAUUUUCAACAAGUGGUAUGUCUCAUUAGAUGAGUACCCUUAUUCACACUGGCCACCAUAUAUUACAGCAGGUGCAUAUGUGCUAUCCAGGAAGAGUUUGGAGUAUCUUUACAUCGGUAGUAUAUACACAAACUACUUCCGAUUUGAUGACAUAUUCCUGGGAAUGGCUGCCAAGAAGGCUGGACUCACACCCUUCCACCAUAAUGAGUUUUAUUUUGAUAGGAAGACAUAUAGCAAAGAAAAUUACAAGUGGGUCAUUGCCUCACAUGGAUUUGAUGAUCCUGGACAGCUGAUGGAUGUGUGGAGUGAACAGAGAUCAGCUGGCAAUACAUAAAUAGAAUCUAUGAUGUCCAUUUGCACAAGUUAUGUCUUUGCAAACCUCAGUUACAUUACAGUUCUGUAAAGUUCUUACAUUUUACUUACCAAGACCUUUUGUUUAUUCCCUUUUCAGCAUUUUUUCUGUAGUAUUAUCUUUAAUAGGAACAUUAACCAUUUGAAAGGUGCAAUAAUGUUUCCCAGUUCUCUAUUGAUUCUCAGAUUAUUUCUCUGAUAUUUCUACUUGCUGAAUAGGUAGUACAAAGUCCAUGAUGUAUAUAGUGCAGUUAUGAAUUACUGGAUACAACAUAUCUAUCUUAUGUUUGUUUUUCUGUAUAAAUUGCAUUUGAUUGUAUAUAUAGGGCAUUAAUUUUCAAAAGAGAUUUGCUAUCACUGAUUUUGAAUUCUCCAUUUAUGCAAUCCUUUUUAGUAUUUACAGGCAAGUAAAGCUAAAAGGAGAGAUGUACAUUGUAGGUUGCAAUUGAACAUUGGUAAUGCAAAAAUAUUUAUUCAUGACUUUGACUUUAUUUUCAUUUUCUUAUUCAUGUUAAAAUCAGUGGUUCUUAUUCUGGGUGUGUGCCUUCCUAGGGGUUGGAGUGAAAAUAGGAAUUUCUCCAUCUACUUUAGAAAUUCUCUCAGUCUGUGUUAAAUUGUAUAGGAGUUUUUGAUACAGGAAAAUUGGUCAAUGAAAAAUACUAAAAUGCAUCUUUUUCAUUUGUAAUUUUUAACUCAGGAGUCGUUUUAAUCAUUAGGUUGAAGAUGUGUGUUAGAGGGGUGUAGAAAUAAACUAGAAACCACAAGAAGGGACGUGGAGGUAACAAGUGUAAGAACCACUGAUGUAGAUGGUAAUCUAUUUGUGGUGCUUUCAACUUCUCUUAAUUAAUAGUGUAGACAUAACAGCAAAGUGUGGAUUUGCUACUACAGUCCAAUAAUACCUUUGUACUUUUUUUUAACUAAAAUAAGUGACAAGAAUAUAGUGUAUUUAGUGAUAGGGUACAAUUUAUUUAUUUUUGGGUAUUACACACUGUGAAUGCUUUUACCUAGUUGACAAAUUAAAACAAAUGUCAAAAGUUUUCCCUUUCUAUCAAGUGCAAUACUUAUAGCAAUACUACUAGCUUAUACUUGAUUGGAUUAUUGAUGAAUCAAUUAAACUGCAAGUUCCCUUUUCCAUUUGGUCAUGUAUGUUUUUUUAAUAGAAAAUUAAAUGUGUCUUCCCUUUGCUAUAUCACAUUUAUUUUAUUGUAUUUUUUCGUCUUUCACUGACUCAUUAAUCUGGCAAUGUAACUGUUGUCUUAGUGUGAUGUAGCACUUCCUUAAGGUGCCAGAAUUUUACAUGAAAAAAUGUCUAGUUUUUCUUAAUGUACUAUGACAUGGGAUAUGAGGUAAUGGAUUUGCUACUAUAGGCCGUCUAGAUAAUCUUUAAGGUAGGCAAGGCAGUGGAGCUGAAGUUGAAACUUUCUUUUGGGAUAAAGCCCUAGAUAUGUGUUCAAUAAGCUUUCUUUAAGAGGUUGAAUACUUUGAACAUUUAUUUGUUCUUGCUACUAAUCAAUAUGAUUAUUAUUUCACUAAUUGCAGCUACAGGAAAAGGAAAAGCAGCCUGCAAAUCUCUGCCACAAAAUGUUUAGUGAGCAUAUUACUGAGUGAUGGGUAGAAUAUAUAUCUUAGAUCUUGGUAGAAGUUGCAGUAUGUUAUAUACAGUCAUCAUGGCUAAGAAGAAGAAUGAUCAUUGCAGUGGUCAUAUAAUCCAUGGUUGGUUGCAUGAACUUUGAUAACCCCUAUAACUCAUUAUCAACAAAUGAAUCAGGAUAUACAUGGUUCACCUGUUUUGUAUGGCUAUGGGGCAAGAUUUGUUAGUGCCAAGAUGAAGGCUUGCAUCUGUCCAUGAAUUAUAUGAGCUUGUCACGAAUUUCUUCCUGUUGGUAGCAGGAUGUACCUAGCUUAAUCUAAAUAUCAGUGGUUUGUGAGUAUGCCUACAAUUAGAAAUAUGGUUUGUUGAGAUACAACCUUAUAGUAGCAGUUGUAAAGGAAUUGUCACUUUGGGAAUCGGUUUUCCUGUUCAUAAAUCAUAUUGUUGCUAGAAAUGUGGAUAGAUGAAGAUGAGUAAAGGAACAAACUUCUACAUUUAAUAUAUUUAUUCACAAAGAAAGACCAGGGAAUGUUUUGUGAAUCUAUAGGAACCUAUUUAUCAGGUGGUUGCUAUUAAGUUGAUUUUUUGUCUUUUAAUUUUUUGGCCAUCAUGUACUGAAUGAAUUUGCCCAACUCUUAUGAUAUAAAUUAAGAACAGAACAGCUAGAAAGUGGAAUAGCUUUUGACAGCAUAUCUGUGAUACUGACAUGAUUAAUUGAAUAAUUGCUUCCAUAAUCCAGUUUAGUUGUAUACUAAAUGGAAUGUUAACAGGGUCCCAAUACUGCAUGUUGGUAUUAUGUUAUUUUGCCUUCUGCAAACCUUUUGUUCUAGAAAUGUGUAAAAGAAGUUGGAAGUUGGUGGCCUAACUUUGAUUUAUAAGGUGUAAAUACGAGAAAAUUUCUUUUUGAUAAUAUGAUAUUUCUUGAAUAUUGAUGUAUGAAUUGCUGGUUGUGAUUUUGUGGUUUUCUACAAUGUUCACUAUAUGAAAGGCUAAUCUCUCUCUUCCUAAGUCUCUCCUCAUACAUUUCCCCCUUUUUUUUUUUUCCUUUCAUUAUCAUGCUCCCUGACCCUUCCACUCUUCCUUUCACUGGCUCAUAAAAAAUGAAAUUGAAGACAGAAACUAUCAGUAUUUUUUCUGGUGAUAUUUUCCUGAUAUAUGGAUGUUGCGUCUUGUAUAUAACAAUGGUAUCGUUAUUAUUUUUUGGCUUUUUUUAUGGGGGGGUGCAAUUAAAGAUAAGCAAGAUCUCUGACUAUUGACAGCUGAUGUGAAAUUGAUGGAAUAAUGAUUUUCUUCUUUCUAAUGUGAAAUUCAUCCAGUGUUUUCUUAAACUUCUGCAGGAUUUCUAGAUCAUGCAGUAUAUGUGAUUUUAUUAUCUAUGUUUUGUAAGUGGAUUUCUUGUGUUAAUAAAAUUUAUGUUGUUC